AAUCGUUUCCUGGUUUUGAACUUUGAAGGUGUACUGUUUUUAGUUUUGUUUUGUGGAUUUUUUUUCCCUGGGAAAAUUUAAACCUUGUUUUAGCUGGUUGAGCUUACAAUCCAAAUGAGAUUUUGAUAAAAUUUUGAGGGGGAAAAUAUAAUAUUUCUAAAAAUUAGAGCUUGAAGUUUUAACCAUGGAGCCAAAAGAAUUCGAAACAACUGCUGCUGGUGCUGCUACUGCCGGAGUUACAGUGGUAGGAUCCGAUGCUCCAUCGGCUUACCAUAUAGCUCCGAGGGCCGAAAACUCGACCAAAAACCCGAACCCGGUUCCGGGAUCCGCCCCGUCGCGGCAACAGGCGGCGCAACCAGGAGUGCCUCCGCCGGUCUUGGUGACGGGGAUGCCGGAGAAGAAGAAGAGGGGAAGGCCUAGAAAAUACGGGCCGGACGGUUCAAUUACUAAAGCGCUCUCUCCUAAGCCUAUAUCGACAGCUGCGCCGCCGCCCUCGGUCAUCGACUUCUCAGCCGGGAAGGGAGGGAAAGUGAAGUCUCCGACGUCGUUUUCGAAGCCUAGGAACGAGCUGGAGAACUUAGGUGAAUGGGUUGCAUGCUCUGUCGGGGCUAAUUUUACGCCGCAUAUCAUCACUGUUAAUGCUGGCGAGGACGUCACGAUGAAGAUUAUAUCAUUCUCCCAACAAGGGCCUCGAGCUAUAUGUAUUCUCUCUGCGAAUGGGGUCAUCUCGAGUGUCACUCUUCGGCAACCCGAUUCUUCCGGGGGUACAUUGACAUAUGAGGGUCGUUUUGAGAUAUUGUCCUUGUCCGGUUCAUUCAUGCCCAAUGAAAGCGGGGCAACAAGAAGCAGAUCCGGUGGGAUGAGUGUUUCAUUAGCAAGUCCGGAUGGACGUGUCGUAGGUGGUGGAGUCGCUGGUCUCCUAGUAGCUGCUGGCCCUGUGCAGGUUGUGGUGGGAAGUUUUCUGGCCGGGAACCAGCACGAACAGAAUCUGAAGAAACAGAAGCCACAGUCGAUGACCAUAUCAGCUGCAACGACCAUAUCAGUGGCAACGCCAGUGUCUAUUUUUCCCAUUUCCAGUGCCGAUCCCAAAUUAAACAUCUCCUCAUCCUUCCGCACCGAUACUUGGUCACCUACCGAUUCAAAGAAAAAGCCCACCGACAUAAAUGCAUCUGUGCAUGGAGCCUAAUCUAAACAUUCCAAGGUUUGAUAUCGAAAGCACCGUCGAAGAUCGUUCUCACCGUAGUUGUUGCCGUUGUUGUUGUUUUGUGUAAGCUUAUCGACUUCUCACAAUUACUGGAAUGUUCAUGUCCGGCUCGGGUUUUUACCCCGUUUACUUUCACCAUUAGUUAGCCUUUUGAGUGUAGAAAAUGUUGAUUGUAAUGUUUAGUGAGAGAAUCGGCCUAUGGAUUGUGAUUUAGAAAAAACCAGUGUAUUCUGAACAUCUCAAAUUUAUCUAAUUCACGUAGCUUCAGCUUAUUAGUU